AUGACAGAAGUUCAGUUACAAGAGUUCAAACUUGAACCAGAUUCUGAACUUCGUUUUGAAGUAGAAUCGAAAAACGAGAAAGUCGUUUUAGAGGUUAAAAGCGGAUAUGCAGAGUUGUUUGGGACAGAACUUGUUAAAAACAAGCCAUAUGAGUUUCAUACUGGGGCUAAAGUAGCUGUUUUUACGUGGCAUGGUUGUACGGUGGAGCUCCGAGGUCGGACCGAAGUCAGUUAUGUUGCUAAGGAGACACCAAUGGUUGUUUACUUAAAUGUCCAUGCUGCAUUAGAGCAGCAGCGUGUAGCUGCAGAACAAGAAAACACAAGGGGUCCAGUUACAAUGGUAGUUGGUCCUGGAGAUGUUGGCAAAUCCACCCUAACAAGGAUAUUGCUUAAUUACGCUGUAAGGAUGGCACGGAGACCAAUAUAUGUUGAUCUUGAUGUUGGUCAGGGUCAAAUUAGUGUGCCAGGAACUAUUGGGGCCUUACUGGUUGAAAGGCCAGCAUCUAUUGAAGAAGGUUUUAGCCAACAGGCACCUCUAGUAUAUCACUUUGGUCAUAAAAGUCCAGAUGAGAAUUUAGAGUUGUAUAACACUAUUGUCUCUCGGCUUGCUGAAGUUAUAGCUGAAAGGUGUGAACAUAAUAAAAAAGCCUCAACUUCAGGAGUGAUAAUAAACACAUGUGGCUGGGUGAAGGGUGCUGGCUACAAAGUACUGACUCAUGCUGCCCAAGCAUUUGAGGUGGAUGUAAUACUAGUAUUAGAUAAUGAAAGAUUAUACAAUGAAUUAAAGCGGGAUAUGCCAAAGUUUGUCAAAGUUGUGUAUUUACCAAAGAGCGGUGGGGUAGUGGAAAGAUCAACAUCUCAACGCGCGGAAAUAAGGGAUAGUCGAAUUAGGGAGUAUUUCUAUGGGAAACGAACCCCGUACUAUCCACAUUCAUUUGACGUAAAGUUUUCAGAUCUUAAAAUUUACAAGGUCGGGGCCCCGUCUCUGCCCGACUCGUGCAUGCCAUUAGGAAUGCGCGCAGAAGAAGCCCUAACUAAGUUAGUGCCCGUUUGGGCUUCACCUGCGCUUGCGCAUCGCUUACUUGCAGUGUCUUUCUCACCAGCAGCCGAUGAACUGGCAUUGCAUUCGAACCUCGCGGGAUUUGUGUGUGUUACUGCAGUGGAUUCGGAGAGACAAACAAUGACAAUACUGUCACCACAGCCGAGACCACUUCCCAAUACGAUACUAUUACUUUCGGAGCUACAAUAUAUGGAUAAUCAUUAA